AUGAUCUCCGGCCUUGUCAAGUCUGCGGCCAUGAGACCCGCCUCCGCCAGAGUCGCCAAGCUCGGCAUGCAGGUCAGAGGUAACGCUUCAGUUGUCUCUGGCAGCCAGCGCGCUCCUCCUCUUCAGAACAGAAGAUCCACUGCACCCUCAUUCGAGCGUGCUACCUUCACUAUCAGAGAUGGUCCCAUCUUCCACGGCAAGAGUUUCGGUGCCAAGACUAACAUCAGUGGUGAAGCCGUCUUCACCACCUCUCUGGUCGGCUACCCCGAGUCCAUGACCGACCCCUCGUACCGUGGCCAAAUCCUGGUCUUCACCCAGCCCUUGAUCGGAAACUACGGUGUCCCCUCGUCCGUUAGAGACGAGUACGGCCUGCUCAAGUACUUUGAGUCGCCCAACAUCCAAGCUGCUGGUAUUGUCGUCGCCGAUGCCGCCCUCCAGUACAGCCACUGGACCGCUGUCGAGAGUUUGAGCGAGUGGUGCGCCAGAGAGGGUGUUCCCGCCAUCUCAGGUGUCGACACUCGUGCCAUCGUCACCCAUUUGCGUGAGCAAGGUUCUUCGCUCGGCAAGGUUGUCGUUGGUGAGGAGUACGAUGCCGACGAGGACGAGGCUUUCGAGGACCCUGGUAACAUCAACUUGGUGGCCAAGGUCAGCACAAAGGCUCCCUGGCACGUUGCUUCGCCCGUCGGCGACAUGCACGUUGCUCUCAUCGAUUGCGGUGUCAAGGAGAACAUCCUGCGCAGUCUUGUCGCCCGUGGAGUCUCGGUCACCUGCCUUCCUUACGACUACCCCGUCCACAAGAUCGCCAGCCACUUCGAUGGUGUCUUCAUCUCCAACGGCCCUGGUGACCCGACUCACUGCCGCACCACCAGCGACAACCUUCGCAAGCUGAUGGACUCUUCUCAGAUCCCCAUCAUGGGCAUCUGUCUUGGCCACCAGCUUGUGGCCAUGGCCAUUGGUGCUCAGACCAUCAAGAUGAAGUACGGUAACCGUGCUCACAACAUUCCUGCUCUCGACUUGAUGACUGGAAAGUGCCACAUUACCUCUCAGAACCACGGAUAUGCUGUUGAUGCCACUACCAUCCCCAGCGACUUCAAGGAGUACUUCAUCAACCUCAACGAUUCUUCCAACGAGGGUAUGAUCCACAAGCACCGUCCCAUCUUCAGCACUCAGUUCCAUCCCGAGGCCAAGGGUGGUCCACUCGACUCGAGCUACCUGUUCGACGCCUACGUCAACAGUGUCGCUCAGUACAAGAAGACUCAGUCCUCGCUCCACCCCAACAUGGCCAACCGCCCCAGCCCUCUGCUUGUUGACCUGCUCUCCAAGGAGCGUGUCGGUGUUGCUCCCGGUCUGCCUCUCUACCAGCACCCUGAGCCCGUCACUGCAUGA